GAAAAAUGAAUCUAACCAAGAAAGAAGCAAAGAGAGCUUAUAAGCUUAGGAAUGCUAAUAAAACAUCAGACAUCCAAGAAAGACUCAAUAGAUACAUGUACCUCCCCAAACGGUCCACUGCGAAGAAGCUAAAGUUCUUCUAUGCUCCCUACAAUCAGUAUGAGUGCAUGGCAAAGUACGCCCCACUUCCAUUAGGACCUGGCCAGACCCAGGAGGAGUCUGACCUCUGGGGCAGGCUUUCCAACUACAUUCUUGAAGAAAUGGACAAAACUAUGAGCAUUACUAACUUGGCAGACCAUAAGAGGAACGAUUUCAUCAUAAUGAGCAACCAUAAGCGAAAAGAUAUGGACAAUAGAAAGAAAUUGAUAAAUGAACGAAAUUCACCUAACAAUCAAAACAUCAUUAGAAGCCCAGAGCCAAAGGGCAGCAUUCCUAUUCUGAAAUUAGGUGCUGGACCUAGGAUUAAGAGAAAAAGAAUUGACUCAAUGAACAUGAAGAGGCCUCUUCUGCAGAAGAAGGAGCUAGCAAAGUAUUUACCUACUAAAAUCCUCCCUAUGUCUCCCUUAAUCGGUAAAAGAAAAAUCGGAAUUAAAAAAUCUGAGAUUUUAUCUCAUUUCGCAGAUGGCAAAACUCGUAAAAAUGGAAGUAGGAUGGAAAGAAAUUUCGGAAAUGUAUGCAGAAGAAGCCUGGAUUUCUCUACAAAACAUCACAAUGCCAGUGUUGAUGCUACAAGAGGAUUAAGGCCUAACACUCAUUUAGGAGAUGAGACCGCUGAAUCUUCAUGUGAAUCUAUUAGUAUUCCCAAACUUACUUCCAAAGCGACCAGGAAAAAUUCAGAUAAUGAUAAAAUGAAGUUACUAUAUGCCUCUUUCGGCUAUCAAGGAAGGAAAGAGUCUCAGUUCAAGAGGGAGAUGAUAAAGAAGGCUUAUAAAAGAUUUAAUAGUAUCGAUGCUAUCGAUUCUUGCUAAACUUUAUUUAAUUAUUCUAAUGCCUAUUUGAA